GAUGAGGAGAUGACGCACUCCUGACGCACCCGCCGGGCGGACAGAACAACGCCCUGCAGUGCAGGGACCUGAGCUUUUCAGCCGCCGAAUUCUGGACUCACUAAUAGUCUAACUUCACUACAGACACAGGAGAGGGGCGAUCUUCUCAAACUUGCACAUGUCCAGCCGCCUCAUGUCUGCUCUGAAGCUCAGUCUCCUCACUCCUGCUGGCUUGUCAUUCUGAGAGUCAUGUCGUGGUGCAGAGUUUCAAAGAUGAAAACCAUCAGGGCAAGAAAUGUACUGAUGGUGGUAGCGCUCGGGCUUUUGCUCAUUCACCUUUGCAAAGAUUUUGUUGACCAUAAAACUAUACGACUCCAUGGAGAUGUGAGAGACGACCACAGCCAACCGAAGCAAAACACCAAAAACAGCACGUAUGUAUUCUCAUGGCCAAAAUGUCAACAAGACACAUCUGCUGCCAAGAUCGCUGAGUUCAGCUCUUUGCCUAAUUCUAUCAAGGAUUUCCUUUACUAUCGCCACUGUCGCCACUUCCCCAUGCUACUGGACGUUCCGGACAAAUGUGGAGGAGCUGAUAAAUCUGAAGAAGUCUUUCUUCUUCUGGUCAUUAAAAGCUCUCCGGGGAACUACGAACGCAGAGAGGUGCUGCGCAAAACGUGGGGUGAAGAGAGGUUACACAACGGUGUGUGGAUUCGACGGAUCUUCAUCUCAGGAACGACAGAUAGCGGGUUUGAGAAGGAGAGGCUGAACAAGCUCCUGGAGCUGGAGCAACAGGAGCACAACGACAUCCUCCAGUGGGAUUUCAGUGACACAUUUUACAACCUCACCUUGAAGCAGAUACUCUUUCUUGAAUGGAUGGAAAGGAACUGUCCCAAUGCUCGCUUCCUGUUGAAUGGUGAUGACGACGUCUUUGCCAACACAGACAACAUGGUUGAGUAUCUGCAAGGCCUGAAGGACAAUGACGGAAGCCAGCACCUCUUUACUGGCCAUCUGAUCCAAAAUGUGGGGCCCAUUAGAUCAUCAAACAGCAAGUACUAUAUUCCUGUUCAGGUGCAGGAGUCAAACUCGUACCCUCCUUAUUGUGGUGGCGGGGGCUUCCUCCUCUCUGGCUAUACAGCCUCAGUCAUUUACAACAUGUCCCAGUCUAUUACAAUUCUUCCCAUUGAUGAUGUUUACAUGGGGAUGUGUCUGGCCAAGGCAGGGCUUGGCCCCACUUCCCAUAUGGGCGUCAAGACAGCAGGACUACACGUUCCAUCCAGCAGUAUAGACCAAUACCAUCCUUGCUUUUAUAAAGAGGUUUUGCUCGUGCACAGAUUCCUUCCAGCUCAGAUGUAUCUGAUGUGGCACAGAGUACACGAUCCAAAUCUAAGAUGCGGUAUCUCCAGCCAAAGACAUUUGUAGCACCAAACUUUAAUUUCUAGGCAUUAAUAGAGCUUAGUGAUGUUCCAGUUCCUCUUGCUUCCAGCUCAAAUGAACAUGGAAGUGUCUUUUUUACAUACUGAAAGGAGAAAAAAAAUUUUGCUGGACAAAAGGGACUGGCACAUACCUUAAAUGAGUUGACAACAUUUGAACAGGCAGGACUGGCUGUUGUUUUACGAUACGAUACCUUAUAUUUAGUCUUUGUCUCACCAAAUCUUGCACCUUUCUUUACCAGAUUGUCUAAUGUUACUUAGUAGGUACUAUACUGGUUGGAUUGCUAGAUUUUGCUUUUGCUUGAAAGGCCCACUUACUGCACAGAAAGAAUGGAUGUGAAUUUUAAGUAGUCAUCAAGUGUAAAGUUAUGCUUCAUUUUGAGAAUUCUCAUUGGAAAAUGAGUCCACAUUUAAAGUCAUUGGGUCUGUGUUUUUAUAUUUUAUUUUCACAUAAAGUUCAGCGUAGCUACAGCUGAUACAGACUAAGAAAGGCCAUGUUUUAGCAGACAAAAGGUGGCAGCUAGAGCGCAGCCGUGUUUAAGCUACCUCAUCCCGAGAAUAAAGACAUGAAAAAUUACCAAGAAUUGAAAAGCUGGCUCUAUAUUGCAUCAUUUACUGAAUUUCUAUCACGUAGAAAAUGAGCCAGGUUUAAGAAGAGUUACCAAGUUAAUGUAAUUAAAAUAGCCUAUGGACACUGAGCAGUUCUCCCUUCAGCUGCUUGUAAAUCAAAUGUGAAUUUUAAGAGCUGACUGUAAUAUUUAAUUAAUAAUAAUAAUAAUGAUAAUUAUAAAAAUUAUGGAUUGCAUUUUAUAUAGUGCUUUUCAAGACCCUCAAAGCGGUCAUAUUUCAAUUCAUACUUUCUGCUGGAUUUUUUCUGUAUGUCGCGUGCCAGCCGGUGUGAAAAUCAUGAACAGAUGACAUAUAAUCAACCAAUUCAAAUGUAAAGUAUUGCGGACCACUGUGAUUCAUCUGUAUAGGUCUUUUUAUGGUAUGAUUGCAUGUGGGAGAGUACGUUUUGCAGGUUAAAUUGGUUAUAAGAGCUGGGUAUUUAUUCACAAUAAAAUACAACAAUAAUAUGAAUACAUUUUAUUUAUGUAUUAUUUGUCUGCUCAAAGUUACAAAGUGCUUAAAAUAAACUGAGACUUCUCCAAAAAUAAAUAAAUAAUUUAAAUAAAACAGGACAAAUAACAGUGCAAUUCAUCACCCAUAAAGAAUGAUUGAACUCAUGUUUGAGUUGGUUUGAUAUUUUAAAUACUACAUAUGCUAAAUUUUAUACUGCAGUUUAAUUGUACCUGUAAACUUCUGAACAUUGCCCAGCUCUAGAUCUGACGUUGAUGCUUGUGUUGCCGCAGAUAUCAUCCAAAAAUUAUUUCUCAGGGUUUCUUAAGAAUAAAAGGUGUAAUAUAUAUAUUUUUUUAUCUUCUUAAUCCUCUUUGUUCUGUUUAGCCUUCUUUAUUGUGCUUGUUUCAGCCUCAAUGUUUGUGUUACACAAAGGGAUUACAUCAGUGUUGCACAACAUAACAACUGGGUGUCGGUAAAAGCCGUUACAAGUAGUUGCCAGUAUGCAAUCCAAUGCAGGAUCACUGUUUCAUUAAGAAUCAAUAUCUGUUGUUGCAUAUUCAGUAUGCUGAAUCGAAUAUAUGCACAAACGUUCAAAUCUGUUUGAGUUUAAUGCUGCUAAGUAAGGGGCUAUAUGUUGCACACUUAAACAGCUUUAAAUGGUAACUGUGAAUUGCAUACACUGUUAAAUCUUCUUGUUUUAAAUAAGAUGUACACAUAAUGUCCUUGGACCUUUUUUCUCUGGGUGUACCUGCGCAAGACAUUUUGGAGGAUUUUUUGUAAUAAACUUUGGGAUAAAUAUUUAUAA